CAACUGGCAGGUUUCCUCGUCUAAUUCCACCAUCGUCUAAUUCCACCAUCGCCUGAUUCCCGACAAUCGAUCCUUGACCAGGACGAAACGUUGUAACGAACAUAACCGCCGCCCCGCACAAAAUAUCGCUCCUGUUGCUGAAGGACAUCAAAGUCGCAUCUGACCGAAGUAGACGAAAUGGCUCAACCGGGGGUUCAGUCCCUUAAGUGCGUCGUGACCGGUGACGGUGCCGUCGGAAAGACAUGCCUUCUCAUUUCCUACACAACGAACGCCUUCCCGGGCGAAUAUAUUCCCACGGUGUUCGAUAACUAUUCCGCGAGCGUUAUGGUCGACGGGAAGCCGAUCAGCCUGGGUCUCUGGGAUACUGCCGGUCAGGAGGAUUACGACAGAUUGCGACCCCUCUCUUAUCCCCAGACCGACGUUUUCCUCAUCUGCUUCUCCAUCGUCAGCCCUCCCUCAUUCGACAACGUCAAAGCCAAGUGGUAUCCCGAAAUCGACCACCAUGCGCCGAACAUUCCCAUCAUCCUCGUCGGCACCAAGCUCGACCUCCGAGAAGACCCCGGCACCCUGGAGGCUCUGCGACAGAAGCGCAUGGAGCCUGUGUCGUACGACCAAGCCCUCAUCUGUGCUAAGGAGAUUCGGGCACACAAAUAUCUUGAGUGCUCUGCACUCACACAGCGGAACCUCAAGAGCGUCUUUGACGAGGCGAUUCGUGCUGUCCUGAAUCCCCGCCCACAGGUCCAGAAGACGAAAAAGGCCAAGUGCAGCAUUCUGUAAAGAACCCAUGUUUGGUCUUUUUUCCGUCUUCACUUUUUUGUUUUUUUUGCACAAUAUCCUACGCGCGCCACAU